ACUGCCCCUGGGGAGGAAAAACAAGGGAAAAUGCAGCUCCACGUUUGGAUUCUCUACCUGGGCUGCCUCUGCUCCGUGUCCUGCAGCUACAGGGAGUCUCAGUGCAGCUGGAGGGAGAGCGGUCUCUCCCUGGACGCCGGCUCGGUGAAGCAGGCCGUGCUGCGCUGCGCGGAGGGCUCCGUGGAGUGGCUGUACCCGGCGGGCGCUCUGCGCUUCGCUCUGGUUCCCCGCCAGCCGCCGGCGGUCCCCGUUCCCGAGCCCCGGCUCCUCACCGCCUGCAUUAAACCCGCCGCCUCGUUCUCCGGCGCGCAGCUCUACCUGGAGAAAGACGGCGAGCUGGAGCUGCUGCUGCCGGAGCCGCGGCCCUCCGGGGGUCCCGCCGGACGGCCCAGAGUGCACUGCUUCAGCUGGCUGCCCCGCCAGAAGGUGGCGCUCUUCUUACAGGCCACCCCGCACCAGGACAUCAGCCGGCGGAUCGCCGCCUUCCGCUACGAACUGCGAGGGGACUGGGACGGCCGGCUGGCCCUGCCGCUCAACAAGCUGAGCGCGGACGGUGCCUGCCGCCCGUGCAACGACACCGAGAUUCUGAUGGCCGCCUGCACCAGUGACUUCGUCGUCCGCGGUAACAUCCGCAUGGUCGGAAACGACGCCGAGUUGCAGGAGUCAGUGAUCGGGAUCUCCGCCACCCGCGUCUACCGCCAGAAAUUCACGCUGUUCCACGCGCACGGCCGCUCCGUCCGGUCGCUGGGGGAUAUCCGGGUCCCGCUGAGCUGCGGGGUGAAGCCCGGCCCCGGAACUUUCCUCUUCAUGGGCUGGGUGCACUUCGGAGACGCCUGGCUGGGCUGUGCCCCGCGCUACAAGGACUUCAAACAAGUCUACGAGGCGGCCAUAGGGGCUCGCGAGAACCCGUGUGAGAUCGCGCUGGAAUGAGGCGGGUGAGGGGAGACGGUUAUCUGAACGAAGGAUGCGUCGCUACGGGGUCACCGGGUCUGGUUUGACAAGAUAUCGCCACCGAGCGAGUCAAGAAUAUGAAGUCGUUAUGACGCUGACCUUGGGAGAUGC